CUACAAGGCAAGCCUACAAGUCGACAAGCCCAGACAUCUUCUGGAUUAUCCCCCUUCUUUUGAACUUUUAGACACGUAUACUUUAGACUCUAUCAUAUCUUUUACUUCCUCUAGGCAAUUUACUAGAUUUCUUUCAUUCUCUCAACCCUUAUUCUUUUCCAUUCAAACUCUCUUCCUCGCUCUUAAUAGAAACCAUGGACCAAGGUCCCCAAAAACAAGCUAAAAUCACCUCUUUUGAAUCUAAAGAGGUUAGUAGUAUUAAAUGGGAGGUUAUAUGCAUGACUGAGCAAGAAGAAGAUCUCGUCUAUAGAAUGUAUAGACUUGUUGGACAGAGGUGGGAUUUAAUAGCAGGCCGGAUUCCGGGCCGAAGUGCUAUAGAAGUAGAGAGAUUUUGGAUAAUGAGAUGUGGUUAUGAACAUGAAGGGGUCGCUGGUAAAAGAAAAGUGCAUAAGAAAGAGAAUUAUAAAGUCUUUGGUCAUUGACUUUUAAUUGCUACAGAAAUUAAAGUUCUUUCUUUCUUUCAUUGUUUUUGUCUUUUAAUCUUGAUUAGAAUUCUAAAUUUUUGCAAACCUCGUAUUAAUGAAUAAAUAAGCAAUCUCUAGCUCCACCCUCCCACAUUUUAUUGGCCAAUGUUACGGGUGAGACAAAUAUAGGAAAGCUAUGUAUAAGGGUAAGUUUAAAAAAUUUGUCAUAUUCAAGGUUUUGCAGUGAAGUAGAUCGGGCACCAAUUUCAAAAAGCAUAUAGCAGCGUAUUUUGUUGUCAUUGCUGCCAUCGUUCUAGGUCAAAUCUUAUCUCGAUUUGAGCUCCAGAUGUUGUU